UUAAAGUACUAUUAUUUUUUAUACAUACAAUGAAAUUUUCAAAUGUAAUUUUUUCGUCAAAUAUUAUUUUAACUCAAAAACAUUUCAAAUUCCAAAAAGCUGGUAAGUGAAUGUCGCUCUGUUGUACAGUAGGUUACAAGUGAGUCACAGAUAUAAUAUCAUUGAAUACGAAAAACGAUUCUGAGCUGUUUGUCAGUCUAGGAUAUUUUAUAUUAUAUUUAUAUUGUUUUAUUAAUAUGGUAGCCAGUAAGUUGAAAUAAUAUUAUAAAAUUAUAACAAAAUAACUAAAAUAUUUAUUCUUGGUUAUUUAAUAUAUUAUAAUUUCGUGCAAAUUUUAACUAUAAAAAUAAUUAACUAUAAAAAAAACUGUGGUUUUGUAUAUUUUCUAAUCUUUUUGGUUACAGAAUUAUCUGGAUACACUUUAAAAAUCAUAUAAAUAACACUUUACUUUGAUACAUUUUUACAUACAUUUUACAAUUGUAUUAAAUAAUUUAACUAUUUCUUAAUAUAGGCGAUUUACUAAAAACCAAAUGGCAAAAUUUAAGAGAUACGUAUAAAAAGGAAUUAAAUAAGAGCAAAAAACCAACAGGGUCUGGUUCUGGAGGAAGCUCAUCAAAGUGGAGAUUUUAUGAAACAUUGUCUUUCUUAAAGGAUAUCGAAACACCAAGACAAAUGAUAUGUAAUAUUUCUACACCAAUGUUGGCGAAUGAAUUAGAAAACGAUUUAGAAAACGCUAUGGAAGUUAAUUCACCAGAAAGCGACUGUAUUGACGUCGUAAACGAAGACUUAAAUACAUCGGAAAAACUACAAGAAACAACAAUAGGUAUGGAUUCUUCAUAUGAGCAAUUACCGGCGAAAAAAAGAAAAACUAAUAAACAUGAUGCAAUUAGUGAUUUGCUAAAUAUCGAAAGACAAAAAUUACUCCAUUUUACUAAAAUAAAUGAAAAUUCACAAAAAAAAAAAAGCAUAAUUGAAGACGAAAGUUUCCAUUUUAUGGUAAGUUUGGUACCUUAUUUGCAAGAACUUCCAGAGAAUAGAAAAUUGAUAGUUAGACAUAAGUUGCAACAAGUAUUUUUAGAAGAACAAGAAAGAUGUGACACCAAUAGAUUAAAUCAAAAUGAUUUAAAUCUGAGUUUUUUACAACCACUACGUUCCGAAGAAUCAAGACAAGUUAUUAAUCAAGCAUAUUCUAAUAUACCUAAUGAUUCUAACCAAUGCGUUACAAGUUAUAUUCAACAACCCAAUCAAACUUUUGCUACAACCAGUUCUACAUAUUAUUAAGUAUUGAUACCUAUAUUUUAAUGUUUUAUAUAAUUUUAUAAUUCAUAAUUUAUCUUUUGAAGUAAAUUAAUUGUUUUUUUUUUAUAAUUUGAUAUAUUUUUUGAAUAGUGUCAAAAUGUAAUUUUCGUU